AUGGAUUCCAAGGACGUCAGAAGCGAGCAGGGUGCCAAGGUGACUGGCUCAAGUUUCGCCUCCUUUGGGCAGACGAUUCCUGAGGAUGUUCCAUCGGGAGACUCCGGAGAGUCCGUCAUCCUCCUCACCCAGGAGACCCAGGGCGGUCUAUCACUUGUCAGGUCUGCCAUUGGGCCCGAGGGCCAGGUCAUCGUCAUCAAGCCCAAGACUGUAAGUUUCUACACCACGGUUCACGCAGUAAACAUCCCGGAACUAACCCCAAACAAGGAUGAGCCCCAGGCCAGCUAUGCCCCAGCACCCGGAAACACGCGCUACGUCGAGUCCAAUCUCCAAGCGGUUGCGCUUAGCGACAAGUUUGCCGAUUGUAUCGUGAGCAGCCGCUUGACGGAGCUCGUCAACCCCAGCGAGGUGCAGAUUGUCGUCGACGAAAUCUACCGCCUCCUUAAGCCCGGCGGCCGCCUCGCCUUGAGCGACCUAUUCCUUCGCAAGUCGCUGGAGGAAGUGGCGCAAGGUGCGCUACCGAAACGUGAGGAGGCGUUGGAAAGGGCGACUCUUGUGGAUCAUUUUGAAUCCUAUCUUCGAAUUGUUGGGUUCGAAAACAUCUCCAUCGUCGACAAAAAGUCGGAUAUCAACACCAUUCUUGAGCAGGAGGCUGGUGAUGGCGAAGCCGAGACCCAGCCCCAGGACGAUGGGGAUGGCGCCCCGUAUCGUCGCAGGCUCGGGCGGUUCACACGGUCGCUCGUUGGCCAAAGCGACUCGGCUGACAAGCGUGAUGACGGAGAUUACGAUUGGAAUGAAUGGGCUGGCUAUUUCCACGUCUUUGCAAAGAAGCCCGAGGUCUAA